AUGUCUCCUGAGUGGACAACAGGAAAAAUAUGUCUCCUGUGUGGACAACCAGAAAAUAUGUCUCCUGAUGGACAACCAGAAAAUAUGUCUCCUGAGUGGACAACCGGAAAAUGUCUCCCGAGUGGACAACCAGAAAAUAUGUCUCCUGAGUGGACAACCGGAAAAUGUCUCCCGA